AUCUCAUAUUGUUUCCUGGGGCGGUUCUCCUCUGUUGGCUCCUCGUGGUGGCGAGCGCGGUAGAUCUGAUCCUCGCGUCUCUCUCCGACCAUCUGCCGUCGCGUUGGUGGGUGGGUUACGUCAUACGUGGGUCAGAGAGUUAGCAGACAAAGAUGGCGACUUAUGAGCCCAAGAACAUUCUCAUAACUGGUGCUGCUGGUUUCAUUGCAUCGCAUGUCGCCAACCGUCUGGUCAGGAACUAUCCCCAAUACAAGAUCGUUGUCCUUGACAAGAUUGACUACUGCUCCAACCUAAAGAACCUCAAUCCUUCACGGUCUUCACCAAAUUUCAAAUUUGUCAAGGGUGAUAUUGCAAGUGCUGACCUGGUGAAUUACCUUCUGAUCACCGAGUCAAUUGACACCAUCAUGCACUUUGCUGCUCAGACGCAUGUUGAUAAUUCUUUUGGCAAUUCAUUUGAGUUCACAAAAAACAAUAUAUAUGGCACCCAUGUUCUUCUUGAGGCUUGCAAGGUUACUGGUCAGAUCAGGAGGUUUAUUCAUGUCAGUACCGACGAGGUAUAUGGUGAAACUGAUGAAGAUGCUGUGGUUGGUAACCAUGAGGCCUCACAGCUGCUUCCAACAAAUCCAUAUUCAGCUACAAAGGCUGGGGCUGAAAUGCUUGUGAUGGCAUACGGAAGGUCUUAUGGUCUUCCUGUGAUUACCACUCGUGGCAACAAUGUGUAUGGGCCAAAUCAAUUUCCUGAGAAACUCAUUCCCAAAUUCAUUCUUUUGGCCAUGCAAGGUCUGCCUCUUCCAAUUCAUGGAGAUGGCUCCAACGUCAGGAGCUACCUGUACUGUGAGGAUGUGGCCGAAGCUUUUGAGGUGGUCCUUCACAAAGGAGAAGUUGGACAUGUGUAUAAUAUUGGUACUGUGAAGGAGAGGAGGGUGAUUGAUGUGGCCAAGGACAUAUGCAAGCUCUUUGGCUUGGAUACUGAGAAAGUCAUCAGGUUUGUUGAAAACAGGCCAUUCAAUGACCAGAGGUACUUCUUAGAUGAUCAGAAGCUAAAGAGAUUGGGAUGGGCAGAGCGCACACCAUGGGAAGAGGGUUUGAAGAAGACGAUGGAGUGGUACACCACCAAUCCUGAUUACUGGGGAGAUGUCACUGGUGCGCUGCUUCCUCAUCCAAGGAUGUUGAUGACUCCUGGAGUUGAAAGGCAUAACUGGGCUGAAGAAAUCAAGUCUCUGGCUUCUUCGCCAGCUGAAGCUAGUACAAUAGCUCCAGCAACCAGUACCAAAAGCAUCUCUGAUGCCCCUCAGAAGCCUUCCUACAGGUUUUUAAUCUAUGGUAGGACUGGAUGGAUUGGUGGCCUCCUUGGAAAGAUUUGUGAAAAGCAAGGGAUACCAUAUGAGUAUGGGAAAGGACGCUUGGAGGAGCGCUCUCAGCUGUUGGAGGACAUUAGAAAUGUGAAGCCAACUCAUGUUUUCAAUGCUGCCGGAGUCACUGGGAGACCAAAUGUUGACUGGUGCGAGACCCAUAAACAGGACACUAUCCGCACCAAUGUUGUAGGCACUUUGAAUCUAGCUGAUGUCUGUCGCAAGCAGGGUCUGCUCAUGAUUAAUUAUGCUACAGGCUGUAUAUUUGAGUAUGAUGCUAAGCACCCUGAAGGGUCUGGUAUUGGCUUUAAAGAGGAAGACACGCCCAACUUUAUUGGUUCCUUUUAUUCCAAAACAAAAGCAAUGGUGGAAGAGCUAUUGAAGGAGUAUGAUAAUGUCUGUACUCUUAGGGUCAGGAUGCCUAUAUCAUCAGAUCUAAGCAACCCCCGUAAUUUCAUCACAAAGAUAGCUCGUUACGACAAGGUGGUGAACAUUCCCAACAGCAUGACAAUCUUGGAUGAGCUUCUGCCUAUCUCCAUUGAGAUGGCGAAACGGGACUGCAGGGGCAUAUGGAACUUCACCAACCCUGGCGCUGUAAGCCACAACGAGAUUCUAGAGAUGUACAAGAAAUACAUCAAUCCUGAUUUCAAGUGGACCAACUUCACACUCGAAGAGCAGGCCAAGGUGAUAGUCGCGCCUAGAAGCAACAACGAGAUGGACACGUCGAAACUGAAGGCUGAGUUCCCUCAGCUUCUGUCCAUCAAGGAUUCUUUGAUCAAGUACGUCUUUGAGCCCAACAGGAAGGUUCCUGUUAAUUGAGGAUUUACGUUGCGUGGAUGCAGAGGUUAUUUGUGUUGGUUAUUGGACUCUAAAUUAGCUAAUGUUGCACCGUGGUGCGUACUAGUUGUGUUCGAUUCUUUUGGGACAAUAGCAAGCAUACCUCUUUCUGGUCGUCUAUUAUACACGCAAUCUACAAACAGGUAGAUAUUUAGAUGUUCUUUUAGUGGCUGAUACGAAGGCUUGGCCUGGUGAAGUGGUGAGAGCUUUCUUGCUGAGCCACUAGGUCAUGCUUUCGAAGCAGUCUCUCCGUGUUUAUGGUAUAGUGGCUGAUAUGCUGAGACACGGUUAUCGAUGAACACUACGAAUUGUCUUAAUAUAUUAUAUAUAUUAACUACCAAGAGCAGUUGUACAUGGUCUUGUAAAUUUUUAUCCCUUCGUUGCAGUUGGCUCCAAUUUUCCUGUUCUUGUUU